UCUGUGUGCGUCUGCUUAAAAACACGUAUAAGGAAAAAAAGAACGAUGGAAAGAACGGCUCUCCCCCAGCCGCGACUCGGCUCCUAUCGUUCAUGUUUAUGAGCCGUUCAAAAGAAUCGGUUCGUUCGCGAACGUCACAACUCUAGUUGAAGAAGAAUCUCUAAAUGGAGAAGAUGAUCUGCAGGAUCCUGCUGCUCAUCAGCCUCAACUGUGUCUGUGGAACAUUUGUAGUGAAUGUGACACAGACCUCCUAUCAGGCAGAGGAGAACCACAACAUCACACUGGAAUGGACGUUCACAACCACAGCUGACACUUCAACAGACUCCCUUUUAAUAUUCUGUGAGAUGAGAACUGAUCACAAAGUCUCAGUCCUGUUUUUACUACAAGGAGGUGUUGUGGUCCCAGAGUCUCAGGAUCAGCAGUUUGUAGGACGAGUCCAUUUGGACAAAGAUGCCCUCAGUGACGGACGACUCAGACUUCAUGUGUCCAGACUCAGCACUGAGGACUCAGGCUGGUACCUGUGUGAUGUGAGGACAAACUAUGGUGUGGACUCAGGUGAAUGUCGGCUCAACGUCUCUGAUGCAGAACACACAGCAGGAGGGCAGAAGAGGGAAGUGACAUCACACGAUUGGAGCAAAGUUGAAAUGGUUCUCAGAGCCGUUCCCUUUGGAGCAUUAUUAUUCGCUAAUCUAAUAGUUCUCUUCAUUGCAGCUGAAAGAUUUUUGGCAGCUGUCAUUCAUCAAGGUAAUAAUAGUAAAAAAGAUGAAAAUCACAACAAAUCUGCUCAUACUGACAACUGCAAUCAUGUUAAAAGAGAUUUGUUUCUGAGUUCUGUGAGCUGCUGAUGUACAGGAACAGAUCUAUGGUCUGAUAUUUCAUUGGUUUGAUGACGAACUGACAAACAUAUGUGUGAUUCAUGACACAAUUCAGACAGGAUCAAUGUGAAUGUGUCUGACAGCAGGCAGCCUCUUGAAACUGGAGUCAGUGAACAUCAGGUCUCAUCAUGUUGUACUGCAGCUGUCAGGUCAAAGUGCAGAUUGAUGUGAAAAGGAUCCACUGCAUUAUGACUCAACAUAACUGGAACAUUAACAACAGAAGCAGUUCACCAGCAUGAACACAUUCAACACUGUUUAAAACUCAUGAUUCAUUUAGUUUGGCAACAUUUGUGUAAAAUCACAGAUAUAUUGUGUGGGUAUAAAACCACAGAACUCUGAAAUUUCACAUUUGAACCUUUUGUCGAGGUAUUUUAAGAUUUGACAUCUGCAUGUUUUACUCAUGUGUAAUAAUGCACUUGGUGAACGUGUGUAAUCCAGGAGUUGACAGCAUUUCUUAUGAAGAUAAUCAUUUCUCAGUAUUUGUUGUACAUGAUCUCUAAUAAAGUCCAGCAGGUCAGCAGGCA